CUCGGGGCUGAAAAGACGUCUCCUACUCAAGGUUCAAUCUUUGGCAAUUCACAACAGCUCCUGCUGCUGCUUCUGGGAAGGGCCGACGAAGGAUCGUCAGGGUCCAAUAAUUAGCCUCUUAGAACCCACAUGACCGCACCGUCGCCGCUAUCCCGACAAAAAUUACUAAAAGCGGGUGGCAUAUCGACCGUCUCUCGGGCACUAAGCACGGGUGGGAGAUGUCGCAGUCUGGAUCUCCGGUCACGCAAUUGCUGGUUGGCAGGGGCUUAUCUGGGCCCGACCCCGACAGAACACCCCGGUCUCUCGCCAGCUCUCACCACCGCGGCCUCCGUCGCCACCAGUGAUUGGACCAGCAGCAUGGGAGGAGGCAAGAGAUGCAACGUUUGGUCGACCUCUGGUGGAUAUUGCCCAGACUUUGGCGUCCUUGAACAAAUGCACGCUGGGCGCGGUAUGCCAAUCUUUUUGGAUCGCGACAUCGAAAAUCACUUCAUUCGGAAGGAUUCAUCCAAUUUUUCCUUGGUGACUUGAGUCGUAUUGAUGAUUACCGUUAGCUAAUACAGCCGAGCUGGCUGUUUAUAUAGCCAUGAAUCAGCACUACGUCUUUUGCCAGAAGGG